GGUACUGCAUAUUUCGUUACCUGUUUCACCCAAGCUACGUUCCACUGCCAGGUCACCCUAUCAUAUGGUCUUAUGAGAGUCUCAAACUGGGUCUGGAAGCCAUGAUGGAGCAACUAGAACCGUCAAGACGCUCGGCAAGCCAUGGGGCCUUCAGAAAGUCUAGCUACAUCCACGGAAGUCUCGACAGCCGUGCAGUCUCUUCCCAAGGCCCCCCUCGGGCCCGCUGGUGUGGCAAUGAGAACACCAACUUAGUUUCCAGGCCCAGCACCAUAGCCAGCAAGCUCGAGAUCACUACCGAAACAAGGAACAUCAGCGUCUCCUCAAAUACAACGGUCGCUUGGGCGCGUCCGGUCCACCUCCCUCUGCAGCCAAGGACCAACUGCAGCGACAAAAUCGCAAUCAAUCCGUUGAACCCUGAAUCGGCAACUACCCCCUGGCUUCAGGAUGAUCGCCAACGGCUUCCUUCCUACAGGAACACAAAUCCAAGCGUUGUUUCUACGUACAACCCUGGCAACCACGAGAACGCACUUAGCUAUUCCUAUUCACCGCUGGGCGAUUCAGGUCGCCGCUCUUAUUCUAUGACGAGCUGUGAUUUAAGACCUCCGAACGAGAGGUCAACUGGUAGUCUCCGAUGCCAGCUCAGUGGCUUGCCACCACAGCCCUUCCCAACCUUGCCCCGUUCUACUCGCCUCAGGCGCCAUGGACUGCGGCCGUUGCUUCUGUCGCCGGCACAGACUAGAUGUGUGGAUCACGGUGGGAUAGUGGGGACCGAUAGGAUCUCUCAUCGAACUGUACGUGGCUCGUACAAUGCGGCACACCCUCCAAGUGUGCGACAGUUGCCUCUUAUCCAAUCUCGAUCUGAAGCCAGCUGUCUGGCCCAGGCUUUGUUGAACCACGACGGAACCAAUGGUUCUCCAGAUCCACCCAGUACGCUGUCAGCGCCAAUGGCAUUUCGGGGAAGCAGAAUCCACGACUAUUUUGAGGCCGAUUUGUUGGAUCAAGGUCCCAGAACGUCCAGCAUAACAUCAAUUGCCGAGGCGUAUCAGGAUUUACGUGCCUCCGUAACACCCCAAUCUGGUUCGUUCUACUAUGACUACACCGAGGAUUUCGAUAAUACACCAAGCGAGAGUAUGUGCCAUCCAAGGGCUCUGGACCAAGGCCUUGAUGCCGAGCUCGGUGAUGGGACAGCUGACCCACCCGAAGCUGGCGACAUGACUCCCCCUUCGUCUUCUAAUGACAUGUCUGUAAAGACUCUUCCUGUGAUCCGGACUAUAUACGAAUCUUGCCCCGGCCAGCCGCGUAAUGCAUACUCAGCCCCCGAUAUAGGCGACUGUCAACGGCUAUGUACCUCUCAGCUGGUGUUUGGCCAGAAUUCAAGAGAUGCCCUUGACUUCAUCAAUCUUGACGAGAAGUAUUCCAGCACAUCCACAUCUCCGGGGCGCCGGAUCGAAGGAGCCGUGGUCCUGGGGGAUAAUGACCCCGGCCUAGGGAUUAAGGGGUUGCACACUCAGGCCAGCAACGAAGCGAUUCGUCGCCGCAACUUUAAGUCACCUGCUCCAAUGAGUAGCAAUGAUCAAUUCCCAGUCGGAGCUGAUCGCACGCUGCACCCACCAGGUCGUUCAGAGACUCCGAUCUUGGCUCCGAAACCUAUCUCGCCAGCUUUCCGGCUGGAAGCUAACAACCACAAAACUUCCCGACUAAUGAAGAGAUUGCCAUCGUUGUCCGAUGGCCAAACCAAAUGCACCUCAACAAUGGGGGAUCCCUUUUUCAAUGAGAACGAUUUUCCUGUUCUACCAACCCCCCUCAGUCGGUCCAAUCUGACCACGCCACAGUCGCCUCUAGGUACCCCACUGCCCUUCAACACCUUGGGGGAGAAUGAAGACAAUUUGGCCCAAGGGGACCUCAAUGGCCAUGAGGUAGGCCGUGGUGUCGUUCCAAACUCCAUGCCGAUAUUGGGGGAUUCAAGUUCAGUGGCGCUAGUCGUCCCGUGUAGUUUCUCGUGCUGUCAUACAGGCGGGAGGAUGGAGCAAGGUUGCAUUGGGAACGAGUUCACCGAGACAUGGACAGACAAGUUUUGUACAGGGAAGCCAACUAACACCACUAAGAGUCAGUCGAAACGCAAAUUAUUGCCGGGCGGUUUGACAGAGCCGUCCAAGGACUGCCAUGGAAUAAUGAGCUCGCCUGACAGCAGGAUUCUUGACGAAGGGUGUAAUAUUCCCCCGGAGAAGUUCGGAGUGCAAACAGCGGAGGCUUGUGUAUCAAAUCAACCGAGAUAUCCACCUCUGCCCACCGAUCACCCCAACAUCCACGAGUCCACAGCUGCUAUACCAAGAGUCGGGGCGAGCUUCUUCUCCAACAGCAGCAGUGACGAGCCGGUCCGCGCGGGCUUGAAAAGGCGUCUAUCUGAUUUCCGGGCUCGACUCGUCGAGCCUCGCCGGCACAAGGAUGUACCUGUGACAUCUUCCAGCGCGGUUCAGGCGUCCGGUGGUGUUGCUGCAAAGUCAAAGUCUACGUCGGCCGUGGAUCGAGGAAUUUGGUGGAAAGUAUCGGUGUGGAUGAAAACCGCGAAACUUGCUGUCACUACCCGCGCAAGAAAGAAGUAGGGCGACGGUCGGCUAGUAGGGUCUUGGAGAGGAUUUUCUCCCCCCGGUUCAUCAACUUAGCUUUGGUUUGCAAGGUUCAAUGCUACCUUGAGGCGAUGGUUUGGCAGGGUAUUCAAACAUAGAUAAACAUGCUAUCUGGUAAGACAGGACGCUUAUUGACACCGCCGGCAGUUCGAAUUUCGAGGUGGUCUGAACCUUCCGUGACUGAUGUGCUCAGACAAAAUCGGGUGGAUUCUAGCCUCUACAAGCAUUUGCAACUAUGUGAUGAUAAGUGAACAGGUACUGGCCAGGGCAAAUAUUAGGGAAUCA